AGGCCCGACGGCAAAAGUUGAAAUUCCUUUACAAAAUCCACCCACUCGAAUAGGCGUUGCGCCUUUCAAUACCAUACACAUAUAACGCCAAUCUGUGGUCUGCCUGGUGCAGAGGAUUAUCUUCUCUUGACCUUAUUUGUCUCGACUGGGGACUGUUUGUUUGUUUGUGAGGUUGUGUUUUGUGGUGUGGUGCCCUGCGCUCUUUCCCAUCCCACUCUAAGAAGGCAACAACCCACCCCUCCUUCUCUUUUACUGAAGGGUAUCUUUCUCCUCUUUUCUCUCAUCUAUCGUCAAUCUCUCUUCCUCCUGAAUCUUCCUUUUUGAUUCGGGAGUAAUACUACGAAAUACAACCGCAAUCAUGGCGACUGAGACUGAGAACGGCACCGCUCCUGCGAUUAACGAGAAGCCCGCUGCUCAGAAUGGUGACGUUGUUACUGUUUUCCACGAUCCUGAGAACUUUAAUGUCAAGCAUCCCUUGAUGAAUGAAUGGACAUUGUGGUUCACGAAGCCUCCCAGUGGCAAGGGUGACAACUGGAAUGAUCUUCUCAAGGAAGUGGUGACUUUUAGCUCAGUUGAAGAAUUCUGGGGUAUCUAUAAUAACAUCACUCCUACCUCCGAACUUGGUCUUAAGGCCGACUACCAUCUAUUUAAAAAGGGCAUCCGACCUGAAUGGGAGGACCAGCAGAACAAACACGGCGGUAAAUGGUCCUACUCCUUCAAGGACAAGCGUGCUGUCCCCAUCGACGAGCUCUGGCUCCACGCCCAACUCGCCGCCAUUGGUGAAACGCUCGAAAACGACGAUGACAAUGAGGUCAUGGGUGUGGUUGUCAAUGUUCGCAAGGGAUUCUAUCGUAUUGGUCUGUGGACUCGUACCGUCGGUAAAAGUCUUCCAGGUGACAAGAGCACCGAAGCUCGUUCUGCCGCUAAGGGUAAAGAAGUGCUGGAGAAUAUCGGACGUCGCUUCAAGGAAGUGCUGCGUUUGAAGGAGGCGGAUGUUGUCGAGUUCUCGGGCCAUACUGAUAGCGCACACAGUGGUAGCACACGCGCCAAGGCUAAAUACACUGUUUAAACGGACAUCGACGAACAUAGACGAUUGACACAGGAGCAUAUCCGUGGGUAUGAUGAGACGAUGUUUGGGGAUGUACUGGGGAGUGAGGGGAGUGAGGAGAAAGAAAAAGUGAUACCAUGCAUUGAUAAUGAUGUUUCUCCCUGUCAAGUUGAUCUUUGCAUUGAUUUGAAUCUUUUACAGUACCUGCCUGGCAAGGGGCGGUUUCGUGUUUCCUAAAGAAUCUUGCAACUGGAACAGCGUGUAUAUUCUACAUCAUUUUUUUGACCCUUGUAGUGAACAUUGAAAUAUUGCAAUUGACCGCUCUCGCAGU